AUGACGCAGCAUCAUCUUGAUGAAGCAAUCAGAUACAUCCACUAUCAAGAAGGUAUCAUCACUGGCUUACAGAACGAGCUGAAAGCGCUCACGAUCAAUCACCAAGACGCCGUCGAACUGCUCAACACGCGCACGGCCGAGCUGCACGCAGCACAGACAUUCCUCAGCAAAACCGACACGGUGUCUGACUCCGAAAUCCGCCAGGCCAUCGAGCGGCUCAAUGCUGAGAUACAUCAAAUCGCUGCUGCAGUAUCCGACUCGAUCCCAUAUUCUUCAGACAAGGGUCAGAACGUAUCACUCUCACAACGCACGCUUGAUAAUCUUGCGGCGAUUCUCGGGAAACCUCUGUUCGAGCGAUUGAAAGCUGUAGCAGCCGAUGACGAAGCUAUAGUCCAGAUCGCUCUCCAGGCGCGUAUCUCGCGCUUCGCCAGCAAUUAUUUGCAGUCUUUCGGGAAUUUCGAUGAAAACAACAAGGCCUUGCGUUCAGUGUGGCAGAGCAUCAGAGGAGCGGAAACACAAUCAGUGUCCGGGCGGUGGCGAGCACUAGCGCGACAACACGCAAAGAAGGUUCCCGAAUUCAACAACCCUAGCCCGGUGAAGCUGCGCAAGGCCCUCGCAGCACGCAUCAUAGAAGUCGUGAAGUCCACUGGCAUUCAGGAAGACCUAAACGGACUGUCGUGGCAGCUUCAAGAACGAUUCGGCUCCAAGCUCGACGCCAUCGUUCAGCUGAUACUCUCGAUUCAGAAAACCAUCCUUGAGGAUGUUAUCGCAUAUGAUUUUCAUCCAAUUAUCGCCUAUCCUGGCCAUCCUUUCGAUGGUACAUUGAUGGAGGACGAGUUCGAAGACAGGUCAGAGGGCUCGAAGGACAAGGCGGGACCCGCGCUGUGCGCUGUAGCUCUUGGCUUAACGCGCAACGAGAUGGUGAUGGAAGACGGGCAGCCGGUAGAAAGACGUACGAUUGUGUUGAAAACGAAGGUCGCGAUGGAGUGUGUCCUUAAAGAGUUCGAGCAAUCUGAAUAG